GAGAAUUGUCGUUCAUCGAUGUGUCUUAUUCGUAAGGCUUAAAGAAGCAGUCUUCGUCUAGUAAAAUGCAUGCGAUUUAAAAUGCUUUUUCAUUAUUUAUGUUAUAAUAAUUUCCGAUUGUAUCAUAUUAUUUCGAAGUCUUUUUAUUUUCAGUACAAUCGUAAAAUUCAUAUACAUAAAAUCAUUAUUAAUUUAUAUAUAUUUAUUAUACGGAUAGAAUAAGAUGAAUUUGUGGAUUUUAUCAUCGUAAAAGUAUUAUAUCAGAGAAUAAAAUUUUGAAUAUCAUUUUGAAUUUGAUUUUUAAAAAUUAAAAGUGUAUGUACAUAGCUAUAGUAUAGCCAUCUGCAUAGUUGUCCGGUGCAUUACAAAGCGACUAACAUAACCUAUAUUCACUUCUGUAUUAUUGCUUCGAAAAGUUUACGACGUUUUCUUAAUAACUGUUUAUAAGAUGGUUGUGUGCAAUGUUGAAUGUCUAGACAAAAUUAUAAAAUAUCUAAAUGUUUCUCCAGACAAAUUACGUUUCUGUGAAAAUAAUGUAAAAAUCAUGGUUAUUUUAUUUAUUACGACUAAUUUAAAAAAAGAAAAAACAGCAGACGAACCCGUUACGUAUUUUAGUACUCUAAUACAAACUUUGGUAAAGAAUUCGAUAUAUCCUGAUAUACUUGGCAAUGAUAAAGAGACACAGGCUUUAACACGUCAAUGGUUAGAAUAUAUAAUAAUUUGUAUUAAUUAUGCAGAUACUUCUGCUCAUGCAAAAAGAGUUUUAAAGGAAUUAAAUGUAGCAUUGAGUGAUCAUACUUACUUAAGUGGUACAAAGCGAACUAUUGCAGAUAUUGCACUUUAUUAUACCUUAUAUAAAAUAAUGAGUGAAUUAAGUCACCAGGAAAAGGCACAAUAUGUUCAUGUAUCUAGAUGGUUUGACAAUGUACAGCAAGACAAAAAAUUGAGGCAGACAUUGGAUUUAAUCUCAUUUAAUUUGAUGCAUCUAUUCUUAUAAAGUAAAUAAAUAAAUUUUGUUUGAUUAUCUUGUAUACUGUUUUAAUCAGUCGAUAUUUAUAACAAAAUAAAUAGUACAAGGAGAAA